AUGAGCAUCUUCUCCGUGUUCUUCCUUUUUCUUCUCUUACCCCAUCUCGUCUAUGUGCAAUUUUUAAGCACUAGAACGUUGGGACUUCGUGUACCGGGUUUGUGUCCAGCCGGUUGCUUUGACUGUGGCUUUGGAAGACGAUGCGUUUCGAUCACCGCUUUUCAUGAUGGUCGACCGGAUUGCCCGGAUGGAAGUGAUGAAUGGUGUCUACCCGGCUUCAUCAAAUGUGGAUCGUAUUGUGUGGAGCCGAAAUACUUGAGCGCUUGUCUUUUCAAUCCACGAUGUGACGGAAAACAAAAUCAACCGGCUUUCUGCGCACAAUCAAAGGAAAAGCUGUGCCGAGAGAAGAACAAAUUCCCUUGUAAAUCUUAUGGUGAAUGCGUUCCGUGGUCAUGGGUUCGUGAUGGAAAAGCACAAUGUAUUGAUGGAUCCGAUGAAAAUGAUGCCGAUUACAUAUCAGUAUUGGAAAGAGGAUGGAAAGCACAUCUGGAUAAAGUUCAUCAAGGAUUUGGCAAUGACACAAAUCCUUUGCCAACCGGCUACCCUCUCCCGCCAAUCCCACCCGGAAAUGAGCUGGAACCUUUUCACCCACUUUCUCCUAUUCUCCCGGAAAUCCCUGUCGGAGCCACCACCCUAAAUAGUUCUGAUCCUACGCAUAUUUCCGUGAAUCCACAACCGAAAGACAAAGGCGGUAGCUGGCAAGGUAAUGGCGUUACGCCGAUUCAUCCACAGAUUGGCCGCCCAUCCACCGAGUCGCCGGUAAUCUUUAUUCCUGGACGAUGGAGUAAUCGACCCCCAACAGCACCCACUCAAGUCACUCAUUAUCCCGGAGAACCGGCAAUCGUUCAUCCAACCUUGAUUCCUUUUGAUUACACUCCUUCUCAAAUUCAACCUCAACCCGAUUUCGGUCAAAGUCCGUUUGUUUCUCCUCCUGCUGUUCCUUUAAGUCAAACAAGAAGUUCUUGGAGUCAAAAACCGUGGAUUUGGCCACCGCCAUAUGGUUUUACUCAUUCUACACAAACUCUGAUGACAACAACCACCUCCACAACGCCUUUAUCUGUUGGAAUUACUGUGAUCAACCCAGUUAUCACCACUAUAAACAUUCAUGGGCAUCAUGGCGGAAGAAUUUUGACAACAUCGACUACAACUACAACUACCACUACUAGAAGUGAUGAACAAAUUACUGAUGAAGGAUUUGUGAAUGAUACAACGAUAUCAAGCACGAUUCAGGCUGAGACUAGCACUGCAGUCAAUAUGAUAAUUCCUUUGGAAACAAUGACAAUUGAUAGUGUCAUAGAUGAAUCAAUACUUCGUUGUGAAAAGGCUUUUAAAGAAGAAGUUGAAGAAGGAGUCAAAAAUGAAGAGGUUUUGUGUAAAUGCCCUCCUGGACAAAUGGCUGAUGCUCAAGGGAAAUGCAAUGAUUCUUCAAUCUCAACAGUGAUCGUAAACAAAAUGAAUCCACCAUGCAAUGCUAGCACUUGGGAUCGUUUCGAUCAAACGAAUCUUGGACAAUUCAUUUCAUUAAAGUUGAAACGAUUAGAGAACGUGAGUGGGGUUUGUGUGGUGGAGGCGAUUCCCGAUGGGCAAGCUCUCGUGAGAAUCAUUUGUCAACCGUGGUGUAACUUGGAGCUUGUGAAUUUGGCACUAUUAAAAGAGGCAAAUAUUUCGACUCCGUUUGACUCGGAAAACUCGUGUACUUGCAAAGAGGGAACCAAUGACACAGAGCCGACUCGAGCAGGCAGAAAUUGCUGGGGAAUUCCCGAUGAAGACAAUUGCAUCUUAUUGUUUAAUGUAUGCCUCGUUUUUUGGGCUUUAUGUUUAAUCGGUGCCGUUUUUCUUCUUCCACUUCUUUACAUGUGUUUCUCGGGUCUUCUCAAACGAUGGCGGAAAAGGAAACGCAAAAUUUCUCCAAAUGUUGCGUUUAAUACGAAACCAACUGUGAUCACUAUCGAUAACUUUGAACAAACGAACACGGCUCGUCUUUUGAGGCAAACGCUUGGACCAAGAGCUGCUGGGGUUUUGGCGAGUGGUCGAGCUCUUCAAAAUAUGCAACUGAAAUCAAUCUUGAAACCAAGUGAUAGUGGAAUCAUUCCCCUAUCGGCGAUGGAAGACGUUGAAACCGAAAUCGAACCGAAUACACAGCCACCAACAGGUGCAUCAACAACUCUUCCAUCACCCGCCGACAACUCCCCACAAGCCACUGAACCCCCAUCAGCUAGAGCUUCAUCGGCACCACCACCAAAAGAAGAACCAGCAAUAGAGGAAGAAAGGCGAUCUCUUCCGAAAAGUGGCUCUUCUCCAAGACUCGCUGAACUAGCCUCUAGUCCGCCAUUGAUGCGUUCUCAAUCUGUUGUGCACCAACGAGUUGGCUCAGCUCAAAGUGCAGGUGCUGUUGUAGCGGGCGCGGUUGUCGCCACUGCUGUUGCCAAAGCUCAAGCUCAAACAGCUCCCGCGUCACCGGUUUUCUCUAUUCGGGUGCCAGCAGCCAGCAAAACUGCUCCACCAACACCUAAAAUGAAAGAAGAUCCGCCAUCAUUUCCUCCACUUUCUCUUUCGAGUUCGAUGAUCGAUCUACAACGACAAGAUUUGAUAUCAUCUCCAGCUCCAUCGCUUGCAUCAAGAGCUUCUCGUCAUGGACAACCAACUAUCUGGGAAACUUAUCGAGUUCUUGGUGAUCAGUAUGCUAAACCAGAAUCUGCAAGACCUGAAUCUUCCGAUUCGUUAGACAAGCUGAUUAAAGACAGAUAUCCAACACCACCAGAAGAAGAUCUGCUAAAGACAGUAACAGAGGAAAUUGUUGAACCGAUUGCUGCUUUGCCGUCAAGUUCUCUUCCACAAGCGGCAACAAGUCAAGCCGAGAAAUUGGCUGAAAUGCUUGGGGUUUCCGUGAGUGAAGGAGCUGAAGCUGUUGUCAACAAAGAAGACGAAUUAUCAACAGCACAAGUUGAAGCAACUCCGCCUACUACUGAGCCAAAAAUUGAUGAAUUGGCUACACAAGAAGAAACGAGUGUCGAUGAAGCGGCUUUGCUUGCUCUUUCAGCACAAGGAGGAGUGAUUGGGGGACCAACAUUCACUCGAAAACGACUAGAAGAGUUGAGAAAGGAACGAUCAAGAUUGCCUAUUAAGAAAGAGAUCUUUAUACCAAAAGGAAUACCGCAUAGAAAACCAGCAUUCACAAUGACUUCAACGAGAUCUCAGUUACCUCAGAUUUCUUCAAAUUUAAAUGAAAUCUAUUCACAAAGACAGCCAAGACGAGUGCUUUAUCAAGAGACAAGUACAGAUGAAGGAAGUGAUAUGGAGACUCUCCGAUCACCCAAUUUUCCCAUAUCCGCUCCAACAACGAUGAGAGAAACGAAAUUCAUGCACCCAUCCACUCUACUGAAAUCACCGCUUUCCAAAAGGAGAACUCAACUCCGGGCUCCUCAAGGAUACUCGUCUGAUGUGGAUAUUCCAAUGGACAGUAAUCGAUCCAGUCAAAAUCAACUUUCUUCUAAAAAAUCUUCUAAACGAUUGGUAGAUCCACCGGAAAUCCGUAAACGAGGAGAUCGAAGCCGAAUCAAACCGAUCAAAAUGCCGCCAAACUUGGCAAUUAAAGUAACACAUGAAAAAGAAGUUUCAAAUCCACAUUUCUUGCCAUCAACGAUUUCGAAAGAAAAUCGCGAAAUGGAACCAGAAAAGGAGAGGAGUAUGCACUCAUUGAGCACCCAUUUCCGCGAAACUACAACAACAAAGCCAUUGCACGGGAUUCUAAUCAACAAACGUAAACAUCGUAAUGGUGGUACUGUAUCUGCCAGAGAGUGUAGCACUGGAUGUCAAUGGUGUCAUCACGGAGAAAGUGAUUCAAGUGCUUAUUUCAUGCCUGGAAUGAGAUCACGAAGAGAUCCAGGCUACUACUCAGCCCGAAAUCACUCGAUUUCCCCAGCAAGAUCGAUGAGCAAUGUUCGCAACUCUCACAUCGAUCUCUCACCAUAUUUCGAUCUAGAGAAAGACUCAAAAAAGCCUCAUAAAGAGGGUCUCUGGUGGGGACAUGCUCACGCA